AUGGCUCAACUUCUACGACUAAAGCGAAGCAAAACAAACGUUCUGAUUCAAGGAAUAGGGGACCAACCACAGAACGCUAGAGAAUCCGUGCACGUCAAGGUACUUUCCAGAAAAGAAAAGUUUGCCGUGGAUACUGAUUUCCUGAUUCUUCCGCGGGUCACUCCUGAACUUCCAGCGCAUGAUAUUCCAGUUGAUCACUGGAAGCUUCCACCGAAUAUUUUCCUCGCAGAUCCACAAUUCCACAAGCGUGCACCAAUUGACAUGAUUUUGGGAAUUGAGCACUUCUUUUCAUUUUUCAAGACUGCAAGCAGAAUUAACCUGUCAAAAUCACUGCCGAUGCUGAUUGACAGUGUUUUCGGAUGGCUAGUAUCCGGUUCAACCAGCAAGGUUCCUCCCGCAGGACGUAAUCCUCCAUGCAGCAUAGUAGCUGUAUCCUUGUUCACUCUAGAGGAGAGCGUUGAACGUUUCUGGCAGGUGGAGGAGUUGCAAACCAGGUCUGAUUAUUCUCUGGAGGAAAAGCGUUGCGAGGAAGUGUUUUCGGAUUCUACGACCAGGAAUGCAGAAGGACGUUACAUGGUCCGUCUACCUCGUCGGUCCAACUUUGAUGAGAUGGUGGGAGCCUCGAAAUCGAUGGCAAUGAAACGUUUGCAACUCCUGGAGAAACGGCUUGCUCGUAAUCCCGAAUUGAAGGAUGAAUACAAUAAAUUUAUGAUGGAAUAUCUCUCCCUCGGACAUAUGCGAUGUGUUCGAGAGGACGACACGCAAAAUUCAUCAUAUUUGCCGCAUCACCCGGUAGUGAAGGAAGCCAGCACGACGACCAAGGUACGAGUGGUUUUUGACGCUUCGGCCAAGACCUCUACAGGCUUCUCCAUCAACGAAGCGCUGUUAGUAGGUCCUGUGGUGCAGGACGAUCUCCUUUCAAUAAUUCUUCGGUUCCGGACGUUUCCUGUGGCGCUUGUGGGAGACAUCGCUAAAAUGUACCGACAGGUCCUCCUCCAUCCGGAAGAUACACCCUACCAAAGGAUUCUGUGGCGUUUUGAUACAGCAGAUCCUAUCGAAAGCUACGAAUUGAUGACGGUGACGUAUGGAUUAGGCCCGUCGUCGUUUCUUGCGACUCGAACAUUGCAGCAACUUGCAUCCGAUGAAGGUGAUGCCUAUCCCCUUGGCAAACCUGCCCUCCGUAAGAGCUUUUACGUGGACGAUUUUAUUGGCGGAGCCCAAUCCGUCAGUGAAGCAAUCCAAUUGAGAUCGGAACUAAGUGAGCUUCUGGCCAAAGGCGGUUUUGCUCUUCGUAAGUGGACAUCAAACCAACUACUGGUUCUUGCGGGAUUGUCAUCAGACGAGAUUGGCACACAAUCGGCGAUUAAAUUCGACACGAACGAAACAGUUAAGACGCUUGGCAUCACCUGGGAACCCGAAUCAGACAACCUCCACUUCAACUCCGAGAUACGCCAACACCAAAAUGCACCAACGAAGCGUUCAAUACUUUCAGCGAUUUCGCGGCUGUUCGACCCGUUGGGGCUAAUCUCACCAAUUAUCAUCAACGGAAAGAUGUUGAUGCAACGCUUAUGGUUGCUAGCAUGUUCGUGGGAUGACGAGGUUCCAGACUGCAUUGCAACUGCUUGGGAGAAACUAUCAGUGCAACUCCCAAAAAUUGCCGAUUUUCGUGUCAGUCGUUAUGCACUUCUACCAAAGUCGACCAUCCAACUUCAUACGUUCUGUGACGCAUCGGAAUCAGCGUAUGGGGCGUGUACGUAUGCAAGAUGUGUCGAUUCUUCCGGACAGGUUCGUGUACAGCUCCUAGCAUCCAAAUCUCGAGUAGCUCCGUUGAAGAAAAUUUCGCUACCGCGUUUAGAACUGUGUGCUGCUGAGGUGGGAGCGAAACUGCAUAGCCGAAUAGUCGAGGCUCUCCAGAUUCCGUUAGCAAGCUCGUAUUUUUGGUCUGAUUCUACAGUAACCCUUCAGUGGCUUCGUGCUCCUCCCAGUACAUGGAAAACCUUUGUGGCAAACCGGGUAUCGGAAAUCCAAACUUUAACCCAUGGAGCAUUUUGGAACCACGUCGCAGGAACGGAGAAUCCAGCGUGUAGUAGAUAA